AUGCAUCUAGUCAGUAAUAAUGAUCGAUCACUUUCAUCAAUUCCAUCUGAUAAUUGGAGACCACCAUUUGUUACAUUAGAAACAUCUAUGGGUAAAAUAGUUGUUGAACUUUAUUGGGAUCAUGCACCAAAUACAUGUAAAAAUUUUGCUGAAUUAACUCGACGUGGAUAUUAUAAUUCAACAAAAUUUCAUCGUGUUGUUAAAGAUUUUAUUGCACAAGGUGGAGAUCCAACUGGAACAGGACGUGGUGGUUCAUCAAUUUAUGGAACAUAUUUUAAUGAUGAAAUUACACCUUUAUUAAAACAUACUGGUGCAGGUAUAAUAUCAAUGGCAAAUGCAGGUCCAAAUACAAAUGGUUCUCAAUUUUUUUUUACAUUAGCUCCAGCUCAAUCAUUAGAUAAAUCUCAUACAAUAUUUGGACGUAUUCAUUUGGGUAUAAAUGUUUUACAAAAAAUUUCAACAAUUCAAACAACAGAUAAUGAUCGACCUAUUGAUGAUAUAACUAUUAUUCGAGCUUAUAUAACACCAAAUGAAUAA